AUGGGCCGCGAGAUCAUCUCGCUCCAGGCCGGACAGGCUGGUAACCAGAUUGGACAGCAGUUCUGGCAAAAGCUAUGCGCCGAGCACGGCAUCUCUCCCAACGGCAUGCUCGAGGACUGGGCCGAGAACCAAGGAGACCGCAAGGACGUGUUCUUUUACCAGGCAGACGACGAGCAUUAUAUCCCCCGCGCAAUCCUCAUUGAUCUCGAGCCAAGGGUGAUCAACAACAUUCUCGCAUCGCCCUUCAAGGGACUGUACAACCCCGAGAACAUUUACGUCUCACCGCACGGUGGAGGCGCAGGAAACAACUGGGCUCAAGGAUACAGCGCGGGAGAAAAGGUGUAUGAUGACUUGAUGGAGAUGAUUGAUCGCGAGGCAGACGGAAGUGACAGCUUGGAGGGAUUCAUGCUCCUCCACUCGAUUGCAGGUGGCACAGGUUCCGGCCUCGGCUCCUUCUUGCUGGAACGUCUCAACGACCGCUUCCCCAAGAAGCUCAUCCAGACGUACUCGGUGUUCCCCGAGUCUUCAGACGUCGUGGUGCAGCCUUACAACUCGUUGCUGGCAAUGAAGCGCUUGGUCAACAAUGCCGACAGCGUUGUGGUUCUGGACAAUGCCGCGUUGACGCGUAUUGCGGCCGACCGCCUACACGUCCAGGACCCGAGUUUUGUCCAGACGAACCAGCUCGUCUCCACCGUCAUGGCCGCAAGCACGACCACCCUCCGCUACCCAAGUUACAUGAACAAUGACCUCGUCGGCAUCAUUGCCAGCUUGAUCCCCACGCCUAGGUGUCACUUCCUCAUGACAAGUUACACUCCAUUCACCGGCGACGAGAUUGACCAUGCCAAGUCCAUCCGUAAGACCACAACCCUCGACGUUAUGCGCCGUCUCUUGCAGCCCAAGAACCGCCUCGUCUCCACCACCUCGACCCGCUCGUCGUGCUACAUUUCGUGUCUGAACAUUAUCUCUGGCGACGUCGACCCCACAGACGUGCACAAGUCGCUGCUUCGUAUCCGUGAACGCCAGCUUGCCAACUUUAUCCCCUGGGGCCCUGCCAGUAUCCAAGUGGCCCUGACCAAGCGCAAGACGACGCAGAACCGCGUAUCGGGCAUCAUGAUGGCCAACCACACAUCGAUGGCAUCCCUGUUCAAGCGUAUGAUCGACCAGUACGACCGUCUGCGCAAGCGUAAUGCGUUUUUGGAGCAGUACAAGAAAGAGGACAUGUUUGCCAACGGCCUGGAGGAGUUUGACGACUCGCGCCGUGUGGUUGCCGAGCUCGCGGACGAGUACCGUGCUUGCGAGAGCGAAGGUUACAUCAACUACUCUUAG